AGUUUUCCGAAAGAAAAUUUGUUACUUUCAAAACGAAAUGUAGGCCCAUUUGCAAUUCAGAAGUAAAGUAAUUUAUUAUUCAUUGCAAGUCAAGUUGAUACUUUUCGCUAUAAAAGAGCUAUAAACUUUAAUAAGUGUAUCAUUUGGGACUUGAGUCUUAUCAAUGUCGCCCUGAUUUUGACAAAAUAAGAAGUCGCAGUGUCUGGGAAUUAAAUCUAUUCGGUGAAUGAGUGGGCUUACCCUUUACGGCUUUACGGGUCCUUUGAGUUUCUUUUGAGUGAGUGACUGUCAGAAAUUAAUUGAACAAAGAUUAAAACUGCAUUUUACCACAUGCUAUAUAGUGUAUCCCUCAACUCAUUAUAAUAACUUUAAUAAAUAUGCAAUAUUCAAUAUUCGAUGAAAAUGGUCCAGACUGAACUGUAAGUGUAAGUCAAUCAUAGUGUUUAGUAUUCAAAGUUAAUGGAUUAAAUUUAAAUAUAAGUUAAAUAUAUGUGAUGAUGUAUGUAAGCGUAGGUUAAUUUGGAGAGAUAGCAUGUAAUCUACUUAAGUCUUAUAAUAUAACCCUCUAAGAAAAAAAAUUCAAGUAUAAUAGUAAUAGUAAAACUGAGAAGGCUGAUGAAAAGUUCAUAAUAUAAGACCUUUGACUUUGUCCUUUACAGCCUUUUACUUUUGCUUUACUUUAAGUAAGCUCAUUUGACUCUUAGUAAGAUGCAGGCUUUAUCAUUAUUGCAAGCCCCAAAUACACACUCAGUCUCAACCAGUCAGACCGGUGUCUUGUAAUAUCAUCAAUAUGGCCUUGUCAUUCCUUAUGGUGCCUCCAUAAAAAACAUCACGCUUUUUGGCAGUUUUGGAUCCCACCCCCUCCCCCCAUCAUCACUAAUUUCUCACACUAUUUGCCAACCUCUUAUUCUUAAUAUUAAUAGAUUGAUAAGAUUGUCACAAAUUUCUAAUCCCCACCCCAUUUAGGUGUGUGACAUCGUUUAUGAAUGGCCCUAUUAGUAUUAGUAUGUAGUAUGUAGUAAUGAGUAAAGUAGUAUGUUAUAUAUUUGAUUUUGAAAAAAGCCCUAUAUCAACUAUAUGUUUGAUGUUUAUCAUAGUUUAUGUAAGGCUUUGGUUUGUAAUUACUGUAAUAAAUUUACUUCUAAAAAAAAAAGUACUUAAAAAUAUUAUGGAAUUCACUCAGUGAUUAUCAAGUAGGCUUACGUGUAAUUAAUCAUGUUAGGAAAUGUGUAACUUUCACUUAAUCACUUUCUUACAGUUUUUGACACACUAAAAUAAUAAGGCGUCAGAAUGUUUUCUCGGAGCAGAUUGGGAAUCCUUAAUAAAAGAAGUAUUUUCCUGAAUGUAAAGGUAAAAAAAUGUAAAAUGUUCAAAAUUUAAAGUAGCUCUUCUAUUUGAAAAUAGGGCUAACAAGAUUAUUAGUUUUUUGUAAUGUUUCCAUGAGUAUUUCAAGUUAUCCAAAAUGAGAAACAAAAUAUUAAAAGCUACAAAAAAGCACCCCAAAAAAUUGUUUAUCCAAACUGUGGAAUAAUAAAAAAAUAAUUUCAGUUACAAAACAGCAUAUAAAUAGAAUCAGUUUAAUUAUUUAGAUAUAUUAAUCAUAUAAUAAUGAUACAAUGCUCCUUUAAAAUUUAUAGAAAUCAUGUGUUCAGAUUCACAGUAUUUACUAAUUUCUAAGCUGCUCUUAUCAUUGUCUAGUGGUUACAUAAAUGCAUUUCAGACACAGGUUCCAAGUGCUGCUAGAUUUGCAUGCAAAGUCCCUAUUGAUGAAGAAUGGAAAAAAGGGGCAGCAAAAGAGCUUAAAGACAAAGAUGUUGAGAAAACACUUACCUGGGAGACAGCAGAGGUAAUUAUUUCAGAAAGAUUAAUUUUUUUUUUUUAUCAUCUGAAAAAAUUUUUUAUCAUCCAAAAGAUACAUUUGGAAAAAUGUUUACUGUGAGUAUCAUUAUCUAAAAAUUUAUUAUUAAAAAUGUUAACCCUGUGGUGCACUGGUAGUGAUGUCAAAGAUAUCACAUUUGAAUUUGGUUAAGGGUUGUCCAGAGCUAUGAGUUAAUGGUUGGAAGAGACUCGUCAUCUAUAUAAGGUAUUUAAUUUUUAAAAAAGAAUUUAAUUAAUUUUUAAAUAAAAUGAUGUCAAUCUAAUAAUUUCUACAAAUCAGUUUGCCUAAAUUCGUCAAAAUAGUCUGCUCCUAUGAUUUAUGUGAUGUAUAUUUGAAUUAAAGGGCAUUGAUAUCAAGCCAGUCUACACAACGGCUGAUACAACAAAUGUGGCUGCAGAAAUACCUGGAAAAUUUCCAUACACUAGAGGUGUAUAUUCAACGAUGUAUACACACAGGCCAUGGACCAUUAGACAGGUAAGUGAGGUCUCAUUGGAAUCUGAAUUGAUCAAAUUAUUUAUUGAAUAUGCAAACUAAUAAUUAUUUAAAACUUUAUAACUUCAUUCCUUAAUUGUUUCUGAAGUUUGUUUGUUUGUCAUUUUUUUAAACAUUAUUUCUGAUUUUCUUUACAGGAUGAUUAUUGAAACUUAGUAGAAUUUGUUUUAUCAUGUCUUUUUAUGCCUUUAUGAUUAAAAAGUUCACCUAAAUAAUGUUAAAGAUAAGAAUAAGAAAAGCUAAAAAGUAAAGUUACGUUAAAAUUAGUUUUAAUCAGCCUAAAAAUGUGUUUCAUCUAAACAGUAUGCAGGUUUUAGUACAGUGGAAGAAAGUAACAAGUUUUAUAGAGACAACAUUAAAGCAGGCCAGCAGGGCUUGAGUGUGGCCUUUGACCUUCCUACUCAUAGAGGGUAAGCUUCCUUAUUUUAAGCUUUGAUACAUAACACUGGAUGACUUUGUUUAAAAUGAUUGAUUUUUUAAACAUGUUUUGGCGGAGAAUUACCACAAAUCGUUUUUUUAAAUAUGUUUAAAUAAUAUUUUGAAAGUCUACAGACAUAAAAAUUAAUGGAAGAUGUUUUCAAAUUUUGUCUAAAGCAAUUAAAAAAAGUGAGUGAAUAAAUUAAUCUGUUAUUAUCCCACUGGUUAUAUGCAGGUAUGAUUCUGACAACCCUCGAGUAGUUGGGGAUGUGGGCAUGGCAGGAGUAGCAAUCGAUUCAGUGGAGGACACAAAGCUGCUAUUUCAGGGGAUCCCCCUUGGCAAAAUUUCCACUUCAAUGACCAUGAAUGGUGCUGUGCUUCCAAUCCUGGCCAUGUACAUUGUUGCAGGAGAAGAGCAGGUUAAAUCUGAUUUUCUUAUUAUUAAUUUAGUCUACAUUUACUAAAUAAUAAUAAUAAUAAUAAGUGGUCUUAUAUAGCGCUGUACCCCGGCCUAGGGCUGGGCUCACCGCGCUGUACAUAAAUAUAGCAAAGAGGCAUAAUUAUAAUAUUAAAAUAAAAUACAUAAAUGAAAUAAAACAACAUAUAAGCAAAACAACACCAUAGGUAUAUUCAUCCACCCACACCAGACAUUUUUACAAGGAAACCCAUGUACGUUUAUCGGUUUAUAGGAGGAGAAUCAGUCAGAGUAGUAUAGUUUAAAUAGAUGUGUUUUGAGUGCAGUUUUGAAGGCCUGUGUGGUUGUUAUAUUGCGGAUGUGUAGUGGCAAAGAAUUCCAUUGUUUGGGGGCGCAGAAAGAGAAAGAUCGUUCACCAUAUAAUUUAGUGCGUGUCUUGGGAACGGACAGAAUAUGCGAGUCUGCGGAGGAGUGAAGUUGUCGAAGGGGUGAAUAGACGGAAAGAAGUUCAGUUAGAUAGGAAGGGCAGGAAUCCGAGAAAAAGUUGUGACAGAGAAGAGACAGCUUGCAUUGAAGAUAAUAUAAGAUUUUUUUAUUGAUCCAAAUAAAUGUAAAUGUUUUUUUUAUUACAUUGUACAUAUUCAUUUUCAUAAAUAAAUGCAAAUUUUAACCAAGACAGCAUUUUAAAAUUGUAACAAUUUAAACAAAAGACAUCUAAAGUAUUUCUCUAGAGUAGAAAUUCCCAUCAAUGACCUUUCUUAGUGACAAUAAUGACUUAUUAGUGAUCAUUUAAAUUUGGUAACUGCUGGGGAAAUAUGCUGGUAAAUUUGUGCAGACUGGGGAAACAAAAGAAUUUUUAUAUCUUUUGGUCCUAGGUAUCUGUGAUGAAGAGCUAUUAUCCAAAAUUUUAUUAGUCUACAACAGUAUUUUUCUUCACAUAGUUAUUCCAGUUCAAGUGAAGGAUGUUUAGUUUGUGUGAUAUUACCAGCUUUCUUGAUUAGUCUAUUUAAUCAUUGUUUGAUGUCAGACAAUCAAUUCCCAUAUCAGUAGGCUUCCAACUGUUGCACUGUAGAAUAAGUUAAUUACUUGUUUUUUUUACGCGGAAAUGUUUUAAGAUAGAAAAGACGUUGGCUAACUUUUUUUAUGCAGAAUUUGGUAAUGUUCAUGCCAUGUUAGCUCAUUAAUGGUUACACCUAGGUACUUAUAUGUAUUUAUUUUCUCUUUGCUGUGAUUUUUUUAUUGUGAAAUUGAAUGAUUCCCUCUCUGGCAAUCAACAAUCAGUUCUUUAGUUUUGAGACAUUCAGCAGAAGAAAUUUUCAUAGCACCAACUGAUAUAGCUUUUAACUAAGUUGCUGCAUAAGCUUUCCCCUUCAGAUAUUAAGUAAAUGAUAUUUUUCAACAAAUUUAAUGAUUCGAACGGUGUAGCUUGGGCUCUGGAUAACAUUUGGAUAUUUUGUAUACAAGGCAGGGGUGAGAACACAACCUUGUGUCGCCCUGGUACUUAUUUCUCAAGUUAAUAAUAUUUGAUCAUUCUCCUUAACAUAUAAUAUUCAAUAACCAUUAUGACACAAGGAAAAAUAAUGUAAAAUGUCAUGAUUACUCAAUUUUCUGACUUGAAACUAUAUUUUUGAUUAAUUGAUGAGUAGGCUUUUUGUUGUGCCUCAUUUCCUAUAGAAUGAUGGUUUUGUCUUGAAAUUCUAAUUUAUUUUAAAAAAUUUGUUUUUGGAUAUAGGAAAUUACUGAAAUUUGUACUUGAAACUUUAUGCAAAAUAAAAAUGCUAAAAAAAAUAUUCCAUUUAUAUCAUUGUAGAAGUGCAGGUUAAUGCUUGUUAUUAUCAUUCAAAAUCACUUUCAUUAUUAUUUUUAUUAGUGGGGGUUUUACAUAGCGAGAUACCACAACCUAGGGCUGGGCUCACUACACUGUACAUACAAUUUAACAAACAUAAUCAUGAACUUAAAAAGUAACAUACAUAAAGUAAAUAAAACAAAACAAAUCUAUAUUCACUCCACACUUUCAUAAUAUUGGUGAACUUGUUAAAUAAAAAUCAUUCAUUUUUCUAUAAAGAAGUUUGUUUGGUCAUAAACUUAACUAUCUAAAUACUCAUUAAAUAAUACAUUUCAUAUCUUAAAUUGUAUAUUUCUACACAUAAAAAUUCAUAUUUUUUCUCUUUCAUUUGCAGUUAUGCUGUUCUUUACUAUGAUGAAUAUUUAAAUAUAUUUAUUUAAAUAGUUCUGUAAUGAAGGUGAAUAUUAUUUUACAUAUUUUAGGGCUCUAAACAAGAAGAACUUGCUGGAACAAUUCAGAAUGAUAUUCUCAAAGAGUUUAUGGUGAGGAACACCUACAUUUACCCCCCAGAUCCUUCAAUGAGGAUCAUUGGUGACAUUUUUGAAUACACAUCAAAGGUGAUGAUUUCACAUUUGUAGCACUCUAUUAUGAACUUAAAAAAAAUUGAAUUUAAGAUAUUAUUGUAAAUGAAUUUCUUGCAAUAGUUUUAAAAAUUUCAUUCAGGAGAAUAAUUACUCAAAUACACUUUUGAAGAUACUUUUUUUUUUUUGCAAUAUAUGAAAAGUUAAUUUCAGAUUCAGAAAAACUUUAAGCAGUAUUAAAAAGUUUAUUAACAACUAUAUGUUUUCUUUUCAGUAUAUGCCCAAAUUUAACUCCAUUUCCAUUUCGGGAUAUCACAUUCAAGAGGCUGGUGCUGAUGCUGUUUUAGAGUUGGCAUUUACCUUGGCCGAUGGACUGGAGUAUGUUAGGCAAGGUUAGUAAAUUUGAGAUGAUGAGUGAUAAGUUUUACCUCGGAAUUUUGUAAGGCAAGUUCCUAAUUUAUUUUGUUAUAAUGGAAUUGUAGUUUUUUUUUAUGCAGCAAGUCUAUUGUCUGUAAUUACUAGAAUUUCCUUGUGUAUUCGAUCAAACUUUCCUUUAUACUAAUUUUAAUCUUGACAUUUAAUUGUGACAUGCUGCUAAGUGUCAUCACUGAGAAUUAGUUAUGAUUAUUAAUUUUGGUGCUGUGAUGACUGUUUUUAAUUUUUAUAUGAAUCAAUAUUUAUUUCAAUAAUUUUUGUUUUGUGUUAAAAUAAAUUAUUGAAAACAAUGACUUGUAGACAGAUGAAUAAUGUUUUUUUAUACUUUGAGCAAUCUUCUUGAUUUCACUAUCUUAUAAGUGAUUAAAUCUUGUUUCUGCUCUUGUUUGCCUAUGAAAAGCCAGGUACAUUCAACUCUAUAGAAAAGGGUUUACCAUACUAUAAAGACAAGUGAAUAGAGGUUUUUGGCUUAUUUUAUAAGCCUAUAAUUAAAUAAAAAUAUCUUAUUUUGAUUAUUGUAAACCACUGCAGGAGUGAAAAGAGGUUUGGAUGUUGACAAGUUUGCACCAAGACUGUCAUUUUUCUGGGGAAUCGGUAUGAAUUUCUAUAUGGUAAGACCUUAGACAACUUGAAAUGAAAAUAGCUGAUCUAUGUCCCCCCCAAAGCUGACACUUUUACUAUGACCUUAUUUAUCUGAUCCAUCUGAGUUUCAAUAUCAAACAAGAGAAAAUUUAUAUCCCACCAGUAUGAAUUUUAAAGUAAAAUAAUUUCCAAUUACCCAUGAUUUCAUCUACCUCUAAUUACAUCUUUUUCAACUAUAACAAAAAAGAAUUAUCAAUUAUUUUAUUCUUUUAUCUGAUACCUGUGAAUAAAAUAUCUGAAACUUGCACCCAAUAAUGAUCAAACAAAGCCUUUAACUCCCCUUAAAGUUAAUGACUUUUGCAUUAAAGUCAUGUAAAAGUACCUUAAAUGAGUUAUUUGAUAAUUUUUAAACUUGUUUUCAUAGGAAAUAGCUAAAAUGAGAGCAGGUAGGAAGCUAUGGGCCACACUAAUCAAGGAAAAAUUUCAACCAAAGUCUUCAAAGUCAUUGCUGCUAAGAGCUCAUUGUCAAACAUCAGGAUGGUCUUUAACUGAGCAGGUUAGAUUUCUUUGCUGGUAGAGAUGAACUUACUUUAUUCAUUAUUUUCAAAAAUCACUGUAUAAUUUAGAAAAAAAACGCACUUAUAUUGCACACUUUCCUGAAAUUCAUUUUAUGGAACUCAAAAAUGCUUCCAUAAUAUUUAUAUUAAAUUCGAUUGAACGGGUUAUUUGAAAUUAAUUAAAUUGCUUUUAAAUAGUCCUGGUUAAUUUCACCCAUAAAAUAAAACAGCUUGUAACAAUAAGUAAAUCUAAAUAAGUAAUAAAUUUCACUGACAGAAGAUAUUUUUAAAUGUACUUUGUUUUUUAUUUUUAUGCUUUUUUAUUGCAGUGAAUCCAUAAUUAAGAAAUAAUUUUAAAAAGAAAAUGUAUAAAUUCAAAAUAAAAUGUAAUAUAUAUAUAAAUAAGAAGAAGCUAAUGUCACCAUGUAACGCUGAGUUCAAUUAUUAUAAUUAUUAUAAAUACCUUUAAUACAAAAAUCAAAGAAUUAUUUUAAGUAUUUUAUUUGAAUGUGAGGGCUAAGAUAUUGUAUUAAAUAUGAUUGACCUUCUUUUUAUAAAAAAUCACUGAUCAUCUAUGUAUUAUUAAUUUGUAAGCAAAUUUAUCUGGAAACCCCAAAAAUCAGAUUUUUUAAAAUUGUGUUGUCAAAAUAGCCAGAUUAAAAUAAAAAUUAUUUUAAUUGCUCAAAUAAAAUGGAACAUUAUCAAAGUUUAGCUUGAACUCAAUUAACCAAAAUGUAUAAUAAUCUUAUAAGAACUUAAUUAAUAUUGCUAACUAUUGUUUUAAAACACCACACAAAAUUUAAGCUUUGCAUUGAUAACAAUUAACAAAUUGUACCUUUUUCACUCCACGAAAUUGCUGAUCAAUCAACAGUCUUCAAAAUUGCAUGCAGAUUGGGAAUGCAUAUAAUUUAAAAAUAAAAUUUUGAACUAUAUAUUUUACCAUUUUUGUUGUUAGAUAAUUUUGUUUUUUUAGGAGGAUUUUGGAGGUUGGGUGGGGGGAGGGGUGUAUAUUCAAUAUCUCCAAACCCGAUAUGAUGUUAUGAUACAUAUUUUAUCUGUUGAAUGUAUUUUACUUUAAAAAUAAUAAUCCUUUUCUUUAAAUAUAUGGAGACAUAUGCGUUGAACUAUUUUAUAAAAAAAGGAAAUUUUAUACAUGGCAUGGUUCAAGAGGGUGGGACAUUAGAAUCUUAAUAUAGUUUAAAAUUAAGGUGCAGGGUAAAGUGAGUAAAUUCCAAGCUUGUGGACUGGUGUUCAAUUCCCAGCAAAAGCCUAGAAAAAAAAAUUCAAAUUAUCUAAGAGAUUUGAGCAACUCUCCCUCAUUUUAAACAAAUUACAGCUCAAGUCAAUACUAAUGCAAAAAAAUGGCCUUCGUUAUUUCCGUGUGUGAAAGACAAACAUUGAUAAUAAUAAGUUUAGGGUCAUGCAAAAAGUGUGUGAUGGUAUACAUAAGGGGUUAUCCCCCCCGGUGGUGCUUUUCUUAAUGCUUAAUAAAAACUGAAUAAAAUAUAUGUGAUAUUUAUAUAUAUAUAAGGGGCUGUGAUUUUUUUGGAUUAAUCCUCUUGGGACGUAAGGGCCGAUCUAUCUGCCCAAGUUGGACUAGCGAGAAAGACGUAAGUCUGAACCAUCAGACCGAUAAAUCGAGCCUCAUGAUUGGCUGGCUUGGUGUUGUACCAGGGAAUCAAAUUUAUUCUUAUGUAUUCCUGCACAUCCCGGCAUUGUAAUGGCGGCGUUCAUUGAUGGUGAACUAAAUUUAUUUGUGUGCAGGAAUUUUUUUUGUGUGUAUAGUUAUAUCGUGAAAUUUGAGCAUGUCUGACAGUGACUUUGAUCAAACUUUGCUUAGUAACUUUGAUAUUCUAGCAGUGAAUUUGACACUGAAACUGAUGAAAACAACCAGGAAAUUAAUGAAGAUUUUCAAAUUGAGGGUAAUGCUAAAGUUGGGAACUCUUGGUUUAGUAUUAGUAGUAUUAGGGGUCCUCAACUGGACAGACAUGACCCCUCUGAAUUUUUAGACAACACAGGUCCUAUAAAUAAGGCUGAAAAAUGGGGGUGGGGGGAAAGGAGUAGAACCAUGUGCCAGAUGUAUCUUAAGGGCCUCCAUGGGCCUUGUUUCCCAAAAACAUAAGUGUUAGGACUUAUUCAGGCUUCAUCCAUAAAAAAAUUCACACAAUUGAUACAAGUAAGUCAUGUUUAUUCUAGGUGUAACAAAAAAUUACAUGCAUAAAUUAUGCAAAUCAGGGUUGCUCAUUUGCAUAAAUAUUGAUAUUUCAGUUUGAUUCAUAAAUAUUGUAUUAGUUCAUUCAAUUUCCUACAAUAAUAUAUAUAGUUUUACUUAUAUUAAGUAAAUAUUUUAUUUUUUAUAAAUUGUUUUGCAAUGCAAGUGCCGAGCUCAUAAAAAAUGCUCCGUCUUUUUGGCACAUACACCCCGAAAAAGCUCCGUCCUAAGAGGGUUAAGCCCCAGGCAUCACAGGAUAGGCCACAGUAUGGGUGGGAAUAUUUUAUAACUAUAAAAUAUCUCAAAGCCCAAGUAUGUUACAGAACGGAAAUGGAUAUAUCUAUAUAGUUAAAUUUAAGUGUAAUUAACCUUUUCGAGACAACACAUUUCAGCUAGAGGAAAGAAGAUGUGUACAUUUUUAUGUGGAUAAAAUGCUAUGAUAUUACAGUCGUGAAAAGAAGUGUGAUAAUUUCUCUUAAAAUAAAUAAAUAUAUGUUGUACUACUGUAAACUAUAUUUCAAUGGCGUUGACACAUUGUGGGCAUAUUUACAAAAGUAUACCCAUACCACAAAACUCAAAGUGGAUACAAUUUUAUUAGAAAUUAAGGACAUCAAGAUUUUCCCAGAUACAGUUCAGGUGCAAGAGUAAUUUUUUUCAUUUCCCAAAAAUACAAUUCAGGGGCUUGAACAAUGAGGGGUUAAGAUUUUCUGUGAAAAUGAGAAAAUAUUGGUCUAUUUGUGUAUUAUGCAAAAUUAUUAUUCAAGCUUAACAUAUGUUGUAAUAUUGACACAAAUUGUCUAAUUAAUGUAAAAAGUAGCGCAAUAUGCCUUCCAUUAUAACCCUGGUUAGACCGGGUCAUAUUGUCUUGUUAUAAUAUACUGUAGCAUCUUCUUGAAAUAAUUUUUUUAUGUAGGACCCAUAUAACAAUAUUGUAAGAACUGCAAUAGAAGCUAUGGCAGCAGUUUUUGGUGGCACUCAAUCACUCCAUACCAAUUCAUUUGAUGAAGCUCUAGCGCUUCCCACUGUUUUUAGUGCCAGGAUUGCCCGCAACACUCAGUUAAUAUUGCAAGAAGAAACAGGUAUUUCAAAGGUGAGAACAAAAUAUUUUGUGACCAUUUAACACUAUCUUUUAAUAAAAUAAAGUUGAUUUCCUUAAUUAUGUUAAAUGAUUUUAUAACAUCAGAUAAUAAACCAAUUAAUACAUCUUUCCCAUGAUGAGAAGUAUAACAUUGACUAAAGUAUACAAUUUAUGAAUCUGUUGGUUAGAGAAAUCUAAACAAUAUAUUAGCUUGAUGUAUUGCUCUAUUAGGUGGCAGAUCCUUGGGGAGGUUCCUACAUGAUGGAAAGUUUGACCAAUGAGAUACAUGAUGCUGCACUUGUAGUUAUAAAAGAGGUCAGACACCCUCAGUUGCAUAUUCUAUCCAAUUUUUUUAGCUAUAUAAUUUGAAAUAGACAAAUGUUUGUUUUUUUCUGCGGACAGCUGAAUGUAAGAUUAUAUGUUUACUGAUUUGGUGCUUGUAACAUUAUUUGUUACAAUAUAAAAUGAUUUGUUCAUAACUAUAUUAAAUGGAAAAUGUAUACUAUGGCAUGACAUGACAAGUUACAACUUGAUCUUACUUCAGAUAGAGGAAAUGGGGGGAAUGGCAAAAGCAGUGGCCUCAGGAAUGCCAAAGUUAAGGAUCGAAGAAUGUGCUGCUAAGAGGCAAGCUAGGAUAGACUCUGGUUCAGGUGAGUACUCAUUUCAAGUCUUAAUGUUAGUUCAGGUAGUGAAAGAAAGAAAAAAUCUUUUGUUUUUAAGCUGCAUUUAGACCUCAAUUACAUUAUUACUUGAUAUAAAAGUAAGUAAAAUUGAUUAAUAAAUAUUUUUUUCCAGAUUAUUGCUUUUUACACCUUGGAACAGCUUUUGAAUAGUUAAUAAUAAAUAAAUGCAUCUUCAUCACCUUUAAAAAAACAGAUCAGUGGAAAUAACCUAACAUUAAAUUAAAAUAAAUUUAAAUAAUGAAUAAUUGAACAAAAAUUAGAUUAUUUAUUUUAAAGCGUCAUGGUUCUUUGGAUGCAUUUACUAGAAAGACAAUGCAAUGAAUAUGUUGCAGAAGUAAUAGUUGGAGUCAAUAAGUACAGGCUGCCUGAACAAGAAACAGUGGAAGUACGUGCCAUUGAUAACACUGCUGUAAGAGAUAAGCAAUGUAAUCGACUAGCCAAAGUCAAGGCAACAAGAGACUCAAAUAAGGUUAGCAAAACGUUUAUCAAAAUCUACAAAUAUUAAACAUAUAUUAAAUAUAUUUAUAUCUUCGAAAUAUUGUUUGCAAGUUCCAUUAGUUUGUAAUAACAAUUAAACUUGUGUACAAAUAGAAGAGAGGAAGAUGUGACAGCAAAUUUGUUAACAAUACAUGAAUAACUAGCUCUCUUUGUACUGUGUGCAAUAUUUUGUACGUUUACUAAUCGAAUAUUAAUAGUGUUGGAUAAACCAAAAAUCAGUCUCUUAAAAAGACUAAAAUUUACAAAAAUGUAUCCAUUUAUCCCACAAUAUUACUUAUAUUAUAUAUACCGGUAAUAAUUAUAUUACUUACUUUAUAACUUAGGUAGAGAAAGCACUUGAAGCCAUCACAGAGUGUGCCUCAACUGGAGUUGGCAACCUUUUGGCUCUGAGUAUAGAUGCUGCUCGUCAACGUGCCACAGUUGGAGAAAUUUCUUAUGCCAUGGAAAAGGUAACAAGCUCUGAUGCAUUACAUGAGUGAUUCCCAAACAUUUCCAAGUCAUGCUUUAAUAUAGUGGGGAGGUAUGAUUUAAUAUACUGGGGAGGGGGGGGGGGGCGGGGGUGGUGUGUGUGUGGAAGAGACUUAUCAGAUAAUAGAUCUGAGUUACAGGUCUUAACAUAGACUCCACCUAGAGAGAAACUUGCAAAAGUAAUAAUUUAUAUUAUUUCAAAUUACGGUUGUUAGUAAAAAAAAGUUAAAAUCAUUUACAAUAGCUAAAAAGCUUUUAUUUUUUAUGUGUUAUUUUCUGUUAUUUUAAAAUUUUAAUGUAUUCUGUACCAAUGUUAACAUCCACUUUCACUGUUCAAUUCUAACAUUAGUACCAAAUGUUCUCAUUUCAUCCAAUUUUUUUCAAACAGAAAUAGUUUGUCUUUUACUUUUAAAAUUACUUUUUUUUAGGUGUUUGGCAGACAUGUUGCCACAGACCGUAUGGUCAGUGGAGCAUAUAAGAGUGAAUUUGCUGAGGCAGAUGAGCUUCAAACAGUUAUUGACAGAGUGAAGGUAAAAUUAGGAUGACAGGAUGAAAUAAUUAGUCAUUCAGCGCAAAUUUUGUUUACUUCAUAAGCUAGAGUAGUGAGGAAUUACUUUUAUUUUAAUAUUAAUAUUUAAGAUAAAUAAUGAAAAAAAUUACUUCACAGAAAUUUAUAGAACUUGAUGGGCGUCGACCACGUAUGCUGGUUGCUAAAGUAGGUCAAGAUGGCCAUGAUAGAGGAGGUAAAGUUAUUGCAACAGGAUUUGCAGACUUGGGUUUUGAUGUGGACAUUGGGCCUUUAUUUGCAGUAAGUAAUAUUUCUUAUAGCAUUUUAAGGUGAGAUUAUAGCAUUAUAUCUACUUUAUUGUCUGAUUAAUGUUCAUCAAGUGUAGCUAGCCUCUGUUUUUAGUUUUAUAUAUCUCUCUAGUUGCCAUCCACAAUGGUGCUGCACAUCCUGUAAAGCUGAAUGAUUAUCAUAUCUUUAUUUCAGACACCAAAAGAGGCAGCCCAGCAAGCCAUUGAUGCUGACGUUCAUGUAGUUGGAGUGAGUACACUUGCAGCGGGACACAAAACCCUCAUACCACAACUGAUUGAAGAACUUAGACAAAACAACAGGCCGUAAGAUGCUAGUAGAUCAUGCUUAUUAAAUAAAAAUCUUUAAACACCACCCUUGCUUAGGUUUUUAGAUUAAUUGCUCUAAAUACAUUAAAAUUGAUUAAAAUACAUUAUUUCCAGAACAGUCAAACUUAUACAUAAGAAUGAUAAUUUUGAGCAACUAAGCACUAACAGCAAAUCAAAAUUUUUAGUUUUCAAAUUAUGCCAGAGAAAAAGAAAAGAAAGUAUUAAAUUUAUGUGCUAAAUUUAUCUUAAAAUCAAAUAAAAAUUUUGCACUGCUAAUCAUCAGCUGGAUUUAAAACAAUAUUUAUUUUUCUGUCCUCUUUUCCCCCUCAGUGAUAUCCUAGUUGUAGCCGGGGGUGUGAUACCACCACAGGACUAUGAGGAGCUAUACAAAUCUGGUUGUGCAGCUAUAUUUGGACCUGGUUAGUAGGAAAUAUUUGUUGUUUUUUUAUAAUUGAAGAGGAAAUAAUAACCUUUAAUCUUUAAAUCAAAAAUAGAACCUUCUAUUGAUUGGCUAGAAUAAUAUUUCCAGCCUCUCAAGCAUUUAUUUUACUUAUUCACAUUUCAUAAAACAUGAUUCAUUUGCUAUUUAGUGAGUGUUAGUUAAUCUGAAAAUCAAGAGGUUUUCAAUUGCAACAUUGUUUCACCUGGAACCUCCCCUGAUUAACACUAUCAAACCUUCACAAACUAUAGUUGCUUCAUCUUGUAUUUUCCUUUAAUAUUUUCCUUCUAUACUUUUAGGAACACGAAUCCCAGAUGCUGCAUUAAAAGUAUUGGGACUUUUGGAAAAAGAGUUGACAUCCAAGGAUAAGAAAGAGUCAGCUUUAUGAAAUGGAUGAAACAGAAACUUGCUUUGUGAUAAACAGAUGUUUUGAAAGAUUCAAAAUUGUUUGUACAUGUAUUAUAAAGGAACCCAAACCCAUAUUGUUUAAAAUACUGUUAAUUUGAAAUGGAUUUAUAGUUUAAAAUUAUUUUGAACUGGUCUUGCUUAUGACUGACACUUCUUAAGUAUUGACUUCACUGCCCAGAGCAAUCCCAGCCAUUUGCCUUGCAUGUAAGUUUUUUGGCUCAGCUAUAGUUAGUCCUGCAGCUCCACCAUUUACACACAAAAAUUUAGCUGCAAAAAGUUUUUGUGUGAAUGAUUAUGUUGAAAUUUUUUUGUACAUACUUUUUUUUUUAAAGCUAUAUGAUAAAUUAAGUAGCCAUGCAAUAAGAGUAUACAUGAAUAGCGAUUAACUGUCAUGUUGAACUAAUGAAAUUUAGCAACUCAAUGGAUUCUGUUUGUACAUACAUAACAUGAAUUAUCCAAGACUUAAUAGAGAUUUGUUGAUGGAACGUUAUAUCUUGUUUUCUUAACUCAAUACUUGUGUAUGCUUGUAAUAGUACUACAUCCUUUAUUUCUGAAAGACCUCAUUUGUGUCAGGCUAAUGAGAUCAUUUGAAACAAGAAAAGUUGGUUUACAGCUAAUGGCAAAGUUUGUGGUGUAGAGCUCAACUAUUAUCUGUUAACUUCAUGAGAGAAAACAAUGAUCUUAUCCCAACCUACUUGGUACAUAAAAAGCCCUUACGCAAAGGAAAAAUCACAUCAUCUCAUUGAGAUGAUAAUGUUACAAGAUAAAUGGUUUAAGAACAUAACUGCAUUUGAGUGCAUAACUCUCAAAAUUUUAUCCCUAAAUUCUUUUUAAAAUGUAUCACAACAUUUCAGAAUAAUAAAAUGAGCCAUAAUUAUGAUGAUUCAAUAUUAUUAGUUAUGUGAAGAUUAAAAGAAACUAAAAUUUUGUGAUUUUUAUAAAAUAAUCUAUUCACUAAUACUAGUAAAUUUUAGUUAAAUUUCUUUUAAAUAUCUUGAAAUCCUGCAUACAUUUUAGGGAUAUUAAUGUUCCUUUGAUUAGUCAACAUUUUUUUAUUUCAAUAUUUACAUUUUAACAUAAUAAAAUUAUUAGAAUUUUCAGUUAACAUGUAAGAGAAAUAAAACAAAACACA